AUGAGCAAUAUUUAUAUUCUCGAGCCACCAACAAAGGGCAAGGUUCUCUUGGUGACUUCAGUUGGUGAUAUUGACAUAGAGUUAUGGUCCAAGGAAGCACCAAAAGCAUGUCGCAACUUUGUGCAGCUGUGCAUGGAGGAGUACUACAAUGGCACAACAUUUCACAGAGUGGUCAAAGACUUCAUCGUCCAGGGAGGAGAUCCUACAGGCACUGGAACUGGUGGAGAGUCCAUCUAUGGUGCACCUUUCAAAGAUGAGUUCCAUACUAGGCUGCGCUUUGUGAGACGAGGCCUGGUUGCUAUGGCGAAUGCUGGGCCUCACGAUAAUGGGAGUCAGUUUUUCUUUACCAUGAACCAAACACCAGAGCUUCAAAACAAGCACACAAUCUUCGGAAAGGUUGGGGGCGAUACCGUGUACAAUAUGCUGAAACUUCAGGAAGUUGAAGUUGAUGACAACGAGAGACCACUGUAUCCGCACAAGAUUAUUCGAACAGAGAUCCUGUCAAAUCCAUUUGACGACAUCAUACCAAGAGUCAUUAAGAAGGUCAAGAAAGAGAAAGAAGAGGAUAAGAAGGUCAGGAGCAAGUCAAAAGCCACAAAAAAUUUCAGUUUGCUGUCUUUUGGAGAGGAAGCGGAGGAAGAUGAAGAACAAACAUUUAAAGCAUCAAAAAAAUUCAGUGGCAAAAGUAAGAGCAGCCAUGACCUGACUGAUGACCCAGAUUUAAGCUCCGUGCCGGUCGUGGAAGUGGAAAGCGCAGACACGGAUAAGUCGUCAGUGAAAAGAAAAGGACAGGAUGAUGUGGAGUCUGGCACCUCUGAUGUGACCACGGAAGAAGUGCGGAAGAAGCUGAAGAAGGAAGACCCACCAGUGGCAUUGCCUAAGCAGGAGAUUCCAGAGGAACCAGCUGUAGACGAAGUGAAAAAGAGCAAAAGUGAAGAUAUCAAGAAAGAGGUGAAAAGACUUCAGAAGGAAAUCAAAGAAUCGAAGAAACGAGCAAGUGCCAAGAAUAAAGAACCAGCAGCUGAGGAUCAAAAGAGUGAGAACAUUGAGAAUCCAGUUAAAGAAGAGAAAAAAGCAGACGGCGAACCUGAUUUUCUCGAGGCUUUCAAAUUGGAACGACAGAAAUAUAAGACUCUAAAGAAGCAGCAGAAUAAGAAAGGGCUGACCAGAGAAGCUCAGACACUGGCCAUUUUGGAAAAAUUUCAGUCGAAACUGUCUUCCGUUAAACACGUGGCAGUGGAAUAUUCCGAUUCAGAAACAGAAGACAAAAAUGAUGAUGAUGUGGAGGAAGAUGCCAGUGAUAUGUCUUGGAUGCGGCACAAGCUGCAGUUCGAGGCAGACAACAAAAAGAAAGUGCUGGAUCCAAAUGUCACUGACUCAGACCGGUAUGAGAUUCAUGACCCUCGUAAUCCUAUGACGCAGAGACGAAGAGAAGCCAGUGAAAAGAAAGCUAAGCAGAAGUGA